CUAGAUAUAAACAUCCACUGGAGAUAUUAAAAUAUAUUCCCAAUGCUAUAUAAAUACAGCUAUAAAACAGCAAUCACCACACUUACUCUCACUCCGGACAGGGUCAAUUAAAUCAUACUGACAAAGGCGAAGCCAGAAAACCAUGAAGGUUCUUGCGGUUCUUGCAUUGGCUGUUUUUACAGGUUGCCAAGCCAAUUUAUCUAAUGCAGAGAAGCCCAGUCCACAUCUUGAACACUUAAUAACUGCAUUCUGGAACUACAUUGCCAAAGCAGUACAUCCCACUGACGAAACAUCAAAUGUGAUAAGGACAUCCCAGCUGGGACGGGAAGUCAAACUAACACAGACUCCUUCAUCUGAAGAUCAGAUGACCAAAAUCACCAAGGAGGCUGACGUGUUGAGGGAGCGUUUGGAAAAGGACAUGAACAUCAUAAGAGACAAACUGGAGCCCUAUGCUGAUAACCUCAAGAGCCAGAUUCAGGAGAGAGUGGAGCAGCUCAGGACGGCCAUGGGUCCAUAUGCUGACUCCCUGGAUUCUGAGACCCUGAAGGCCACUCUGCUCCAGAAGAGUGAGGAGCUGAGAGGAAACAUGGAGCAGAGCGUGAAGGAGCUGCAGGCUCAGAUGGAGCCCUACACUGCUGAACUCAAGGAUAAUGUGGGCCAAUAUCUGCAGGAAAUGCAAAACUAUUUUGCUGCAUCACCUGAAGAUCUCUAGGCCCAUAUUUAAUCUGCAGAGUUACUUUGGAGUUCUCUUUCCUCUUUCUGUUACAUUGUGAUGUUUUUAGUUUUUUUCUUUUCUUGUUAUUGCAACAAUAAAACAUCG